UAUCCAUCAUUUUUCCCAGACCAUUCAUCAUUCAUUCAAGCAUUUCUUUUGCAGUUUUUCCUUCAUCCCACAUCCAUGUCAGCCUCUUCCCUUAACAUGGCCGCUGCUGCCGCUGCUGCGGCGGCCUCUUCUUCACCUUCGCUCCGUAUUCCCUACAGAAUCUCCAAACUCUCUCUCAUCCCGAUCUCCACCCACUUCCCCUCGAUACCCAAACCUCUCAAACUCACUACCCAAUCCGCCCACUUCCCACACCACCUCUGCAGAACCACCCAACACCAAGAUCCACAACUACAAGAAGAAGAAGAAGAAGAAGAAGAAGAAGAGGAAGAGGAACAACAAGAAGAGGAGGAGGACCCUAAGGUGUCAGACUCAGCUGAAGCCAGCAGGCUAUAUGUAGGGAACUUGCCAUAUUCUAUGACUUCUUCCCAAUUGGGUGAAGUCUUUAAUGAAGCUGGUAGUGUUAUCUCUGUGGAGAUUGUUUAUGAUAGAGUUACAGAUAGGAGCAGGGGGUUUGCUUUUGUUACAAUGGGAAGCGUCCAAGAAGCCAAAGAGGCUAUUAGAAUGUUUGAUGGAUCUCAAGUUGGAGGCCGAACAGUGAAGGUUAACUUCCCUGAAGUGCCAAGAGGGGGAGAAAGGGCAGUAAUGGGGCCAAAGAUUAGAAGCAGCUACAGGGGCUUUGUUGACAGCCCUUACAAGAUCUAUGCAGGGAACCUCAGCUGGCGUCUCACAUCGGAGGGGCUUAGAGAUGCUUUUGCUGAUCAGCCAGGCCUAUUGGGUGCCAAGGUCAUCUAUGAAAGGGAGUCUGGAAGAUCUCGGGGUUUUGGGUUUCUCUCGUUUGCAUCUGAUGAGAAUGCAGAGUCUGCCCUCAAUGCAAUGAAUGAAGUGGAGGUGGAAGGGCGGCCUUUACGAUUAAACUUAGCUGCAGUAAGAGCCACUCCUGCCCCUUCUCCAGGACCAGGACUGGAAAGAAAUGUUGACAACAGCGAAUUGAUUUCUAGCAUCAGCACGUGACACAAACAUGUUUACAGAAUGGUGGUUUGGAUAUGAUUUCAAAGGGAUAUUGCAAAGAAAAACUGCAGCAUUUCAGCUUCUGUAUGUUGAUAUCCUUUUUGCUUUUCCGGAUGUACCAGUGUUUUCAAAUGGGCAUAUGCAAAUCAAAGCAACAAGAUGGAGCAGUAAAUAGUAGGGGUCUCUUGUUGCAUUUUUAUUUUUAGCAUAUGCAUGGUAUGAAUAUUUAGACAUAAAAGGCUAUUUCAAUAGCACACUCAGGAAAUGACCAUUAUCAGCCAAUUCCAUAAUGUUCAAAACCGAAAGCUGUAGGACUGCUCACAAUAUACUGGAUUCUUGAAUUUCAUUGUUUCUUUUAAA